AUGGAAACAGAUGAGAAGCGUCCAACUGAACUGGACAAUGCCUCUGCCACCAACCAGUCACGGGCAGAAACAAAUGAGCGAUCAACUGGCGAUCCGAUAUGGCGUAGCACAGUGCCGAUGGAUGAGCUCUGCAUUCAAGACUGCACAUUAGACAGUGGUGGGGAAGACGCGGGCUGGGAGAAUGCCCAUGAAGACAGUUCAGCUUCUUGUAACGACGAUUCCAAUGCCAAUGAGUCUCUUGACAGCAAUCAAGAGGUUCUUGAUGCGCUUGAUGAGCACAAUUCCCGCGCGAGGAUUCGGCACAACAAUCUCGGGUCGAGCGAGCCUAAGCGUCAAAGGCGAGACGAUUGGACCCGAAAUCUAUUUGAUAGUCCCGAGGACGAGGCAAGACGGGAUGUAAGCCGACGUGAUCGGCAACAACGCGAGGAGCAAGCGAUUGAGGAUCCUUUGACUGCUCAGAGUGCAGAAAGACUGCACAAGAUCCUUCGUGAGCUCUGGAAUGGCUGUGGUCAUCAUAACGGCCAAGAUGACAUAAUGGAACAUGACCUGGCACAUGGCACCAAUUGUCAUCGCCUUCAGGCAACGUAUCCAAACCUGACACAUGACGGCGAACAAGAGCAACUACUCUCUCUCGGCUCUUCGGGGCCUAGGAGGCUGCUAACCAACGUUGGCCUUUCGAUAGACGGUUUUCCUAGAGAGGCAGGAGUACCACGGGCGUCUUUCGCCAGUAGUGACAAAUUGCAGUUGCUCUAUGAAGGCACAAGUGGUAGUCAAGAGAAAAGACCACGGAUUUGCCUGCAACUGGAGCAAACAGAAACACCCGAGUCAAUAGGAGAAGAGCACUUUGACACGGAUAGCCUCAUCAUUGUUGCAAAAGGUACCGGUCUUUUUCGGAAACCUAUCCGACUUUGUCCUAUUCACGACGUCCAACGCAACCUUGCAUCUAGCCUCCACCUCCCUAUUCCAAUUCGCACGAUUGAUACAACCGGUACAGUGCAGCAACGGAAUUUCACUAUUAAUGAGAUCCCUCACACUUAUAUUGGAACGGCAGAUGGAUGGGUUGGCAACAUCUACUUGUGCUUUCCCCACAUGAUUCACAACACGGACGAAAAGAAGAAGACAACGUAUCUUGAGAAGGAUCAGCUUGCUCAAUUCUACGACGAAGUGCUCUAUCCAGCAUUACAUAAUGUUCUUCCUGGAACUGCCUUUGCAAACCUCCCUCUAUCUCACCAUCUUGCGGAGAUGGGUGCAUGCGCAAAGUCAAAGGAAAAUCAGACAAGAGGAAUAGGAUAUAAGCAGAAGGCUCAUUACUCGGUUCCUCCAGAGCAAAACGCUCAACUCUGGACAGAAAUCGAGAGGACAAUCAAUGAUCCAGAGAAAUCCUUAGGACAUUUCCGCGAUGCCUUUAUAUCUUUUGAUGUCAAAAACAUCAAGACAGAGGCACAAGCGCAUGACCUCUACGAGGCUAUGGAAAAGUUUGACGAGAAGCUUUCAGAGUACUUCGACGAAGAAUAUGUUUCUCAAAUGGCAUUAGACCUUGGGCUCUUCAUAGGGUCACGCUGUCCAUCGCCAUCAGUCAGUAAUAGCGGAUACCCUGCUGUUACUUAUCUGUGGAAGAAAUGUUGCGUGGAGGAUUUGCACGCAAAGCUUAUCAAGGAGGGGUUUAACAACAGUAAGGGCAAUUAUAGUGUCUAUAAUGUUGGGAACCUUGGUGACACUGUUUGUCUUACAGUAGAGCCACCAAAGAAAUCAACAGAUGCUAAGGGUGGGCUUUGUUACAUUCAGGCGUACAGCCAGGCAAAGAUACUUACUGAAGCACAAGGAAUUUAUCCUUUGCAAGACGAGAGUUUGAAGGAACUGGCAGUAGGAUCAGCUGCAUACUCUUACGCUGCUUCUGCUGCUAGAUCUACACAUGCAAGGAAGUGGGACAACGUUACCACAAAGUACGCUUCUGGCAAGCAGAGGCUACGAGAUUCGUUAAAGAGUCCGCACGCCAAUUCCUACAGCGUGCGAUUCGAAAUGCGGAUUUUACGCAAGCUUUGGUCUGCAAUAAAACGAAGGGCAAAAGCUGCACGGGACAACCUCCUAGUCCCAAAACAUCAAGGCGUUCCUCCCUCAGUAUGGUCAGUUGGUACAACAGAAUUCAUCAACUACCUCUACGGUAACUAUGAUAAAUAUCUAUCACUCCUGGAGAUGUGUGCAAUUACGACGCAGGCUACUGGGCGGUCAGUACAGCAGAUGCAGUUUAUGCGGGUCCUUAUUGAGCUUAUACAAUCCUUCCAGAACGCAGAAUUGCAACGCAACUAUGCACUUUGGAUAGAUAAAAGAGAUAUCAAAGGGGAAACACGUUAUGGGCUUGGUUUUCAACAUACCCUUACCCAGUAUGGAUAUGCUUGGUUUGCCUGUAAUAGAGUUGAUUGGGAUAGAUUACAAUUCCUGGACUCUAUUUCACAAAAGCUGGCUGGAAUUUCGAAAGCGUAUCUCCUCUCGUGGUUCCCAGACAGUGAUGGGGUUCUCUUCGACUCUCCUAUAACCCUGGGCGACUUCAAGAACCUUCUUAUCAGUGCACCCCUGGGUAGUGUAGCAGAAAAGGAGAUUCUUAUUCUGCUUGCACUUACCAUCUGCAAGGUAUAUCGGGCUGAUGUACUCAAGGCCCUAGAGAAGGAGAUCCGAGCAGAGGCUUCUCACCUUAUUCGGCCAGAUGAAAUUGAGUUCUCGAGGAGUGGUUUCCAGUCAGCACUCUCUACUGACCUAGUGUUUGUCGCCCAGAAUCUUACGUGUGCUAAAACACCUAGGGAAAUGUUUAAGUGGAUUUGGGGCAACGAUAGUCCCUACAACCGAGUUCACAUAGUAACAAGGCCGUAUCGACAACAGUUGCAUACUAUUUCGAAUCUCUUUGCUACCGAGUUAGAUUACCUACAGGCCCAAUGGGAAGAGACCCUGUACUCCAAAAAAGGGUGA